AUGGCUGAGCAAGACAUUUACGGGUCUAGAUUCGCCGGCAGGGACUUGCCCUUGGAGGGCAUCGCCAGCAGGCUCCCUCAUCCACCGAUCCCGGCCGCUCCUCACCCUCAGACCCCAAUCCUUCCCGCGGGGACCAGCACAGUCGGCCUCUUAGGGUCGACUGUUCUUCCGUCAUUCAACCUCCAUGCUGCCUUUGCCGCGGUCACUUAUGGUCUAGCCCGUUACACUGACCGUGUCGAGUGCAAGGACUGGCUCUGGCCAACCAGCAUCACAGCCAAUGCCUGGUGGAAUGCGAUUGGGACGUAUGUGAUCAACGACGAUUUAACCAUCCCAGAGGCUUGGUCGAGGCUCGACUACUCCCAGAAGCUCCUUCUCGGCGGCGUCUCAGUCUGGGGUCUCCGCCUGCUCUAUUGCAUCGUCAGCAGAAGUGCCAAACGCGGGCGAGACGAUCCUCGGUAUGCCGCUGUCAAGAAAGAUGAUCGUUUCUGGAAUCUGGCAUUCUUCUCUCUGUUCCUUCCCGAAGCUGUGGCUCAGACACUUAUCAGCUUACCUUUCACGCUCUCAUUCCGGGCACCGACUCAGAGUGGUCUGGCCUCGCCGCCCGUGACCAGCAUCAGGGGAUUCCUCCAUUCCCUCGCCAUCUUCUUGUUCUCUACCGGACUCUUCUUAGAAACCGCGGCUGAUUAUCAGCUCGAAGCUCACAAGAAGGUAGACUAUGACGCUGGUGUUUUACGAGAAGGUGUCUGGGGCAUUGUGCGGCAUCCCAAUUACCUUGGUGAUGCCCUUGUCCAAGCAUCUUUUUCCAUUCUGCUUCUCAGUGGAAAUCUCUUGCACCCGCUUGCUAUCUUAGCCCCAGUCACAAACUACAUCUUCUUACGAUUCAACGGGGGAAACAAGGAGGAUGAGAGCAGUCGACAAGAUCGUUACUCAAAGAGCGAUCCUCUCAAGGCGCAACAGUUCAAAGCCUAUCAGCAAGACGUGAAUAGUUUCUGGCCAGAUCUGAAAGGAUUGAAGAGCAAGUGGACACAGGUGGCAGUUGCUGUGGGUGUAGGCGGGAUGUUUGCUGAGUGGGCUGCUCGUACGCUUGUCCUUUAA